AUGGCGGCGGCAGCGGCGACAAAGAGUUUCCGAACAGGAACGAAGCAGAUAUUCCUGCCCGACCACAUGAUCACAUUCCUCCGACCGAAAGACAACCAGCCGCCGCAAUUCGCGACAUUCAAGGUGCCGCUGACGUUCAACAAGCUGGACAUCCGCGACUACCUGCUGCAUGCCUACGACGUGUCGGUGAAAGGGGUGCGGUCGCAGCUGCGCCAGCAGAAGCCGCGGCGCUCCGCCAUCCACCAUCGCGUGUCCCGGCCCGCGCCCAUCAAGACCAUGACGGUCGAGCUGGCUUCGCCAUUCGUGUGGCCGGCGCGCCCGGCCGACACGGAGGCCUGGGAUAGUGAUGCUGUGGUGAAGAGGGCAGAGGGCCUGAAGCGCCAGCGCGCGUGGAGCGUCCAGAUCCAGAAGACGGGCAAGAUGCCGCUGCGCGAGCAGACGGGGCCGGAUGCGGCGAGGUUGGCGCUGCGGGAUGAGGCGAGGAGGUUGUUGAGGGAGGGCGGGUGGCAGAAUAAGAGGGUGCUGGAUGUUAGGUUUGGGGUCAAGCCGACGCCGGCGGAUGGGGCGGUGAGGGACCUGGCAAAGGAUACGAAGGUCGUCGAGCAGGGGGAGGACGGGAUGAAUAUGGGCGAGAUGCAGAAGGUCAUUGAGGGCAUGCAGGCUGGUGCUGGUGGCAAGAAGGCCGAUUUGGAGGGGGCGCGGAAGAGCGCGCUGGAGGUGAAGAAGACGCCGCUGCUUGAGCGUGGGAUGGGACGCCGAACCGAUGGGAGGUAG